AGAAUGUGUAGUAUUAUAUAAUUCGUUUGCACUUAGUAUGCCUUUUAAAUAUUGGCCAGAUAUCGAAACAUGUUGCGUAUGCAUUCCAAGUUUAAGGACAGCUACAGCUAUUAUCGCUGUACUUGCCCUUGUUUCCAAUCCACUGUUAUCAUGGCUAAUGAUCCGGCAUUCGUAUGCGGUGCGUGUGUCGUGCGUGCUCUCCGGGGCCAGUCGGAUGGAUGUCGUGGACGUCAACAUCAAUAACGUGAUUAGCUUCGGAUUUGGCGUGAACGCUGAUUUAGGGAUUUCUUGUCUGACGCAAAGUCAGGAUGCAGAAGGAGUAACUAACCAAAUUAUUAAGGGACUGGGAUGGAUCGUGCUGAUUUCUGACGUUGCCUUUUUGAUCACAAGUAUGUUACUUCUGGUGAGGAUUUAUCGGAAUCCUACGCGUCGAGUGGCCAAAGCUUUUAUCAUCAGUGGACUCAUAGCCUUGGUUCUCUCAAGUGUCUACGGAAUAAUGUAUGUCAUAGUCUGCGCCAUUCGGGGAAAAGGCGUCGCCCUUUGUCAGCUAGUUUUAACAUUUGUCGACCUAGGAUUGUGGACCUACUUUCUAAUGGUGGUUAAUGCCUACAGCAAAAAAAUACAAUCCCAAGCAUGAUUUGUACUUCAAGAAAUCGACGUGGG